GUCACACACAUUAAAAAAAUCAUCAAGAUGGCAUCUUUAUUAUUUACUUGAAUUAGGUACCUAUUUGUUUAAAAUUGCAUGUAUGAGAAAAUUUUCCUAAAAACAAUAUCAAUGUAAAAUUCGUUAAUAAUUCUUUCUGUACAUUAAAAAAGCAAAAUUUCAAGUGUGUUAUUUCAAAUCGAAAAGUGAAAAAUGGCAGACAGUAAACAUGGUGAUAACCAGGCUAAUGAUAAAGACAAAAGGGUCAAGAUACAUGUGGAAGGUGAAGAUGAGGUGGCCGAAGGGGAGAUGGGUCGUAAGAAAAUGAAACGGUUCCAACUGCCCAAUUUACCCCGAUGGUGGCAGGCUAAGAUCAUUCAAUACGCCUUCGCGCACCCGCAUGUCCGGGCCCGCCUCGAGAAGCACAUGGGAUCCAACUUGGUGCGGCUCACGGACAAGAGCUACAUGACCGAUUUGGAGGAGAGGAUCCGGGCGGUCAAUGAGGAGAACCUCAACAAAAGAAUAUCCGCCAGAGUUCUAGAUGAAAUGGAAAGGUUGAAACGUCUCAUCCUAGUUGGGAAAACGCCUCUGCAGGAAUGCCCGCCUGAACUAUACCACCACCCCGUCUUCGUGUUUUGGCGGAUGGUAAACCGUGAAGUCGCCAAAGCAUCCAAGAAACGAGCUGACGCAUACUAUCGAAAGUUGAAAGCGUCACAAAAAACAGAUCAGUCUAUGGAUGAAGAAGCUGAAAAUGAAGCGACAGAAGAUGAAAGCGAACAACUGACUCCGGAACAACUUUUAACUAAAUGCAAUGAGGAAUUAGAAGAACAAAAACAAAAAGAUAUUGCAAAAGGAGUUCGUUUUACAGAUGAACAAUUCGCUCUUCUUAAAUACGAGACAAAUGACGUAAAAACCCUUAAAAGUCUUACGACGGUUGAAGAACUCUACGCGUUAGCUGACAAGAUUAUUGGCACAAAGCGUUUGUAAUGAUUUUUUUUUUAUUGAAUUUUCAUUAAUGAAUAAUUUAAACGCAUAUGCGAUAAUCUUAUUUGUUUAAAUUUGAGAAUGUGCUCAUGUAUGUAGAUAAAUAGCUUUAUCUAUCAGUAUUUAAAAAGAAUGUAAAGCGUAUAAAAUGUAGUGAAAGUAAGCUGGACUGUAAUUUUGUACCAAUUAUAUUGUUUGAUAUUUG